AUGGAUGUAAGGGAAGAGAGAAUUAAAGGCUUAAUGAAGCUGAAGGUGCUCAUAACCAAGUUGCAACGACGCCGUUUGUUCUCAACAUCUAGAGCUCGAGCUAAUCUCAACCAAGUGGAUGAAAAUGGAAAAAAUGGAGAAAAAGGAUCUGGUGGAACAGUGAAGAAAGGUCAUUUUGCAGUUGUUGCAGUAAAGGGUGAGAAACCAAAGAGGUUCACGUUAGAGUUGGGCUACCUGAACAACCCGGAAUUCAUUAAAUUAUUGGAGCAAGCUCAAGAAGAAUUUGGAUUCGAGCAAAAGGGUGUUCUUGCAGUGCCUUGCCAACCUGAAGAACUACAGGAUAUUCUAAAUUUAAAGAGAAAUAGAAGAGCCAUUACUGAAUGGUAG